CCGCCCAUUUGCCAGAUGAGGCCACCGCGGCCCAGGGAGCACGCCUUGGCUGAGGAGCCUACCGUUCCCGGCACCCCUGACGUUGCUGCCUGUCUCUCGUCUCCGCAGGUUCGGGGCGCCCGCCCCCCACUAGGCCAAGUGGAGGGGGUGCCCCCGCCCAAUGGGCCUGGCCAGGGCCCUGCGCCGCCUUAGCGGCGCCCUGGAGCCAGGGGAGGGCCGCGCCGGCGAUGAGGAGGAGGCCGGGCCGGGGCUGUGCCGCAACGGGUGGGCGCCGUCGCCGGCGGGGCGGCGCCGCGGGCGCUUCGUCAAGAAGGACGGGCACUGCAACGUGCGCUUCGUGAACCUGGGCGGCCAGGGCGCGCGCUACCUGAGCGACCUGUUCACCACGUGCGUGGACGUGCGCUGGCGCUGGAUGUGCCUGCUCUUCUCCUGCUCCUUCCUCGCCUCCUGGCUGCUCUUCGGCCUGGCCUUCUGGCUCAUCGCCUCGCUGCACGGCGACCUGGCCGCGCCGCCGCCGCCGGCGCCCUGCUUCUCGCAGGUGGCCAGCUUCCUGGCCGCCUUCCUCUUCGCGCUCGAGACGCAGACGUCCAUCGGCUAUGGCGUGCGCAGCGUCACCGAGGAGUGCCCGGCCGCCGUGGCCGCCGUGGUGCUGCAGUGCAUCGCCGGCUGCGUGCUCGACGCCUUCGUCGUGGGCGCCGUCAUGGCCAAGAUGGCCAAGCCCAAGAAGCGCAACGAGACGCUCGUGUUCAGCGAGAACGCCGUCGUGGCGCUGCGCGAUCGCCGCCUCUGCCUCAUGUGGCGCGUCGGCAACCUCCGCCGCAGCCACCUGGUCGAGGCCCACGUGCGGGCUCAGUUGCUGCAGCCUCGUGUGACCCCGGAGGGUGAGUACAUACCACUGGAUCAUCAGGAUGUGGACGUGGGCUUUGAUGGUGGCACCGAUCGAAUCUUCCUUGUGUCUCCCAUCACCAUCGUGCACGAGAUCGACUCUGCCAGUCCUCUGUAUGAACUAGGACGUGCUGAGCUGGCCCGAGCUGACUUUGAGCUGGUGGUCAUUCUCGAAGGCAUGGUGGAGGCCACGGCCAUGACCACACAGUGUCGCUCCUCCUACCUCCCUGGUGAGCUGCUCUGGGGCCAUCGUUUUGAGCCAGUCCUCUUCCAGCGUGGCUCCCAGUAUGAGGUUGACUAUCGCCACUUCCACCGCACUUAUGAGGUCCCAGGGACACCGGUCUGCAGCGCCAAGGAGUUGGAUGAACAGGCAGAGCGGGCUUCCCACAGCCCCAAGUCUAGUUUCCCCGGCUCUCUGGCUGCGUUUUGUUAUGAGAAUGAACUUGCACUGAGCUGCUGCCAGGAGGAAGAGGAGGAAGAGGAGGCCAAGGAGGGGGAUGGGGUAGAGGCAGAAGAUGGGACUGCGAGCCCCCAAGUACUCACACCAACCCUGGCACUGACCCUGCCCCUGUGAUGCCCAGCUGGUGUCUCCCUAUUUGUACCCCCUUCCCAGAGAUAGCAAGAUGGAGAGUUAGCGCCCUCUCCUGGGAUGGGGGCAGGCGUUUCCCAAGCCCGACAGGCCUGCUGGGUAAAUUAUUAGCUGGUGAAGUUCUGCCAUGCCUAGUGGACCCACCACAGACACACUGGAUCUUCAUUCCUCUGCGGUCCAUGCUCCCUCCCAAGACCCCUUUAUCAGCCUGAUUCCUGAGUCUCCCCAGAGCUGAGGGAUUCCGGUCCAGAAUUCUGGACCACCCAAGAGGCAAGGACUGGUGGUUCUAGAUUCCUCUAAUGUGGCUGGGUUGGUUUGUCGAGCAGGGUUAGGAAUCAGUGGUAUAUACUGUCUCCAGGGACAGCAACAGAGAUUAAGAGUUUGCAGGUCUGGGUUGACCUAAGAUUCAAGGGACUGUUGCUUCUCGACUCAGCUAACCAAGUAGCAAAUCAUUUUUUUCUAGACCACGUAAGGAGGGAGGGUUAUGGAAUGCCCCAAGAAUUCAAGACUAUCUUUAUUAACCAAUGACAAAGAUUGUUGACUGCAGGUCAAGAAAAGACCUUGUGGUUCCAGAAGACCCAAGAGUUAAGAUUCUGUGAAUCUAGAUUGACCACAGAGGCAAGCACUGGUGGUUCUAGAACACAUUGAAGCUAGAGUGUUGAGCUACUGAGGAAAUGAAAUAGUCAUGUUUCUAGAAUGCAC